AUCCUUAGAUCUCAGGCUCCUGAAAAGUUAGGAUUAGAGGCAUGAGCCACCAGCACCUGGCAAAAUGUUUUUACAUUUUGGAGCACUUUGUACUCUGGACAAUCUGUAGUGAAAAGAACAGUUCAGGGCCUGCUUGAGCUUUUGUGUAAUUUCUGGUAUCUGUUUGUACAUUCUACGCUAAGCAAAUAGGCAGGGGCAAUGCAUUUAGUGUCACACAGGGCGCCCUGCUUAGUGGCCUUGAUUUCAUGAACUCUGAUCCAGCUCACAUCGGCUGUUCUUCCCACUACAGCAGAGAGAGUACACGGAUUCUCCUGACUCAUUCAAGUACAUUGGAAGCAAGUCAGUAUCCCAGGUCCAGAAAUGCCCUUGGUAUGUCUGACAGACUUCCAGGCACAAGCUCGAGAGCGGCUGCCUAAGGCAUCAUGGGAUUUUAUUGAAGGAGCUUCAGAUGAAGGCAUCACCAUGCGCGACAACAUGGCAGCAUUUAAAAAAAUCCGCCUCCGUCCCCGCUACCUGAAAGAUGUGUCCCAGGUGGACACCGGGACCACCAUCCAGGGGGAAGCCAUCAGUGCACCCAUAUGCAUCGCGCCCACAGCUUUUCACUGCAUUGCCUGGCCUGAUGGAGAAAUGAGCACAGCCAGAGCUGCCCAAGCAGCAGGUGUCUGCUACAUCACCAGCACCUAUGCCAGCUGCACCCUGGAAGACAUUGUUGCUUCUGCUCCCAGCGGCCUACGGUGGUUCCAACUCUAUGUGCAGCCAGACUGGCAGCUGAACAAACAGCUGAUCCAAAGGGCAGAAUCUCUAGGUUUCAAAGCUCUGGUGGUCACUGUGGAUGUGCCCAUAAUUGGAAAAAGGCGUGAUGACCUGAGGAACCAAAUCGAUUUGAAGGCAAACUUAAGGCUAAAGACGCUUCAAUCACCUGAUGAGGCCAAGGCUGUGCCUUCCUCUCUGCUGGCUGCCAUGAAUGCAUUCUUCUGCUGGGAUCACAUCCCUUGGCUUCAGAGCCUGACUCAAUUGCCCAUCAUCCUUAAAGGGAUCCUGACAAGAGAGGAUGCAGAGUUAGCAGUGAAGCACAAUGUUCAAGGCAUCCUUGUUUCCAACCACGGAGGGAGGCAGCUUGAUGAAGUUCCUGCUUCAAUUGAUGCCCUGGCAGAAGUGGUGGCUGCUGUUCAAGGGAGAAUGGAAGUGUACCUGGAUGGUGGGGUUCGAACUGGCAACGAUGUGUUGAAAGCCCUGGCCCUUGGAGCUAAAUGCAUAUUUCUUGGGAGACCAAUCCUGUGGGGUCUUACCUGCAAGGGUGAAAAGGGUGUUGAGGAAGUCUUGAACAUUUUAAAAGAGGAGUUCCGCACUUCUAUGACCCUUACAGGCUGCCGAUCCAUUGCCGAGAUCAACCGGGACCUGAUUCAGCUCUCCAGGUUGUAAGAACCCCACAACAUGAUAUGCAAUGCUGGUCUGCCUGAACCUUGGCCUGGCCUGGAGCGCCUGCCCUAACCAUCAACUCCCCACCCCCUGUGCUUGUUGCCCUCCAAAUGCCUCACCGUCCUCAAUGUACCCCUCCCUUCUUGGCCUUGCUUCCUUUUAUAUGAUUUGUCUUGCCUAAAACUCUACUUCAAAAUAAAGAUCACAAGAGGGUAGAUGGGAAAU